GACUAAGAGACGAGCCCUUCCUAGAUUAGCGUCAUGUACAGAUGUGUUCUUUACUGACCAAAGUAUAAUUUGCCUCUGUACCAGCAGCAAAAUGUUUCUCUUUACAUUGACUCUUGGGCUGUUGUUUAUCCCAAAAGCUGACACCCUGACAUGUCAUGAGUGUGUACGGGACGGUUUCUCUAACGGCUGUACUGAACAGGGAACAGCAGCAUGUUCCACACAGAACCAUCACUGUAUAGCAGGCAGAGUAUACACAUUCUAUGAUUUUGGGGUACUUGCUAAUAUCCCAUACAGAGGUUGCUCUCUGCCGGAAGAAUGUUUUGAGGGGACCCUCAACUUUGGACAUACCAAAGGUGUGCUAAACAGCACAUGCUGCUCUACAGAGCUCUGUAACAACCAAUAUCCUGAUGCUGUUUACAACGCCAUUCCAAAUGGCAAAAAGUGCUUUACCUGUGAUUCACACACUUGCAAUAAAACACUUACUUGUAAUGGGGAUGAAGACUACUGUGCUGAAUCAAAAGUAGGUGAUAGUGGACCAAGUUCAACACUGAAGGGCUGUGUGUCCAAGGUGCUGUGCUCUGAUAAAUCAAUUUUACUGGUAGAACAGUUAACAGGAUUAAAGAUUAGCUGCUGUCAGGGGGACUUCUGCAACAGCGCCAACAGUGGAAGUCCCAUCGUGCUGCUCUUGUUGGUGCCACUGUUGUCUUCCAUUUCAAUUUAACUUACAGAAACAGUGUCAUUGCUGCCAAGUUUUCCUUUUCACCAAAAAGUUUAAUUCAUUUGACAAAUCUAUUACCCUCCCUUUAGGUAAUUUAUUAGAAAUAUUAAGUUUGGUCUUUCUAAAUAAAAUUAUUUAAAAAAAUCUUUCUGUGUAUCAUCUGUUUAAUCUUAA